CUCCAUCCAUUCACCACACACACGAUCGCCAUAGAUCGCCAGAGUCACCCACCCCUCGAUCUCGCUCGCUGAUAGACAAGUGAGCAGCAGUGCGCUGUGUGUGGUGCCAGACGACCGUCGGGCAUCUCCCCCUCGUCAACUUGCAGGCAAACGACGAGAGAGCCAUACCGGACGGAUGAAUGACACCAACACGACAACACAACCAACAGCAUCAGAAUCUGAUCUCUCCAGGCUGGAUGCUCACAUUCAGCUCAUGAAUCGCUCCCUCUCAGUCGGCCUAAAUCUAUCUUACUGACAGCAACGAGUACAGCCCCACCGGAUCAUAUCACUCGUAUCACCCGCCCAGCCGCCUCCCUCUGCCUUUGUCGAACCUCCUUUUUCCAUUACCCCCCUGAUCGCCCCGACGCUUGCUGCCGGCUGCAGAGAGGGGCUCAUAGACGUGUUUGUCGCUGUCGAUUCGCCGCCUCAGCCACCGGGGGGCCGACAGCCACGCAUAGCCUCCCAUACCUGGGUAGAUCUGACGCACACAGCCAGACAGGCAGACACAGAGGGCAGUGUGUGUGUGUGUGUGUGUUUGUGUGUGGGUGUGUGGGUGUGCCCACCUGGUUGAAGAAAUGGUAGAAGUGUCCGGUGGCGAUGCCCAUCAGGUGGGGGAUGGCCGCGUUGAUCUUCUGCGCCGACAGCACGUCGAUCACCGCCUGUGCGAACGGCACCUUCCAGUACUGAACCUGUGUGACACACACACACACACACACACGCACACGCACCCCAACAGCCACACACCGUUGCACAUGCCACCCCUCGCACACACACAAACACCCACACCCACCCGUAUAUUUAGGAACACCGGCACCAUCGCGAACGGCUCUCUCCGCGAGCAAGCGUAGACGAGUGCGCUGCUGAACGCCCUGCCCGUGAAGGGCAGCUGGAACCUAAAGCCGAUCAGCGAGAGCAGGAUGACCUGCGUCAGCAUGAACACCAGCUGCUCGGCGCUGCCCUUGGCCUCCUCCAGGCUCUGCCCAUACUGCCACAUAAAGUACAUGGUGCUGAUCAUCGACAGGGUCAGGUCGCCCUGGAAGGCCAUCGCCGUGAAGGGCCGCCAGAACUCAAAGGACCGCACUGUCCGCUCCCACUCGAGGGCGAACACCGAGGGGUCGACAGAGAGGGGCUUCAGCUGCAGCAGGCUGAGCAGGAGGGCGAGAGAGAGGUACAGGCGCGUGAUGAGCUGGAUGUUGGUGUAGAUGCGCAGCACGGGGGCGAUCCAGUUGGAGUAGAAACUCCGCCCGGGACUCUGGCUGAGCUUCCGCACGCCCUUGGGAUCAGCUGUGGUGCGCCGCUGACGCCUCCCCUUUGCCGGCCCUCUGCUGCUGGCACGCGCGCCGCCUCUGCACGUAAAGAGAGCAUCCGGUGGCCUUGUCAGCAGAACACUGGAUGGGCGAAGGUCGACCGGUCUGCUUCUUCGCACAGAUGACACCCAUCUGCCCUCCCCGCCACUCGGUGCAUGGUCGACGGGGGAUGGAUCAAUGCAGAAGGCGAUGUGCGCCAGGAGGAAGAUCAGCAACCACGGGAGCUUCAUUGUCAGGCAACAGCUGCAGACGUGGGAAGAUGGAUGGGCGGGAGAAGUGUGGUUCACAAAGCGGAGGAGCCGCCCUUCUGUUCGUUCGAUGGGAAGGAGAUGGCGGAGAGCGGGUGGAUGAAUAGAUCUGACGUUCUCGGGCGCCCUCAC